AUGGCUGGCCAAGUUUCGAUGAAGAAGGACUUCCAGUCGAACCUGCCUCCUCUUUUAAAACCAGUGUUUGGCGUGUCUCUGGACGACCUGUACGACCGAGAUGGGACUGCUGUACCAUCCCUCUUAUAUCAGUGCUUCCAAGCUAUCGAGCUGUUUGGUCUAAAUGUAAAGGGUAUUUAUCGAGUCUCCGGCCGCGCCAACUAUGUCAGCUAUCUAAAGGCUCUAUUCGACAAUAACACGCCUUCUAUCGACUUUACCAACCCCGAGAGCUUCUAUUAUGAUAUUAAUAGCGUUGCUGGGCUAGUGAAGCAGUUCUUCAGGGAUUUGCCUAGCCCCCUCUUUACUUCAAAGCUCUAUUCCCAAUUCAUUGAAGCUGCCCGUCUUAGUGAUGAUAUUGAACGCCGAGACUCUUUACAUGGCCUUAUCAACAUCUUGCCCGAUACCCACUACGCUACUCUCCGUGCUAUUAUCCUUCAUCUUAAUAAGGUCCAGGAACGCUACGCCCAGAACGGUAUGGGCGCAAGGGAUUUAGCCAUUUUCUUGGGACCAACCCUCAUGAGCGCCCACUCCGGGGGCAACAUCACGGACGCCGUCUGGCAGAUCCGCAUCAUCGAGACGAUCCUCAACAACACCUUUCAGAUCUUUGACGAUGACUAA